AUGACAUGGAGACAAUUCGUCAUGAACGCAUUGAGAAAGGCACACGGACUCUUUGGAGAAUCCUGCUUAUUUGAGUUUCUCUGUAUAAAUGAUAAAUUCGCCUAUUUAAAGGUAAACGACGCCGAGAGCGAACUUUUUAGCGUCGCGAUGACUACGUAUAUUUCAACCGAUGAGCUCGUUGGUUUCCCACUAGUAGCCAACAUCAUGCAAAGAACUUCUGAUCUAAAGUCGCUCAUUGUUGGUGAAGAUGACGUGCUAUGGCGAAAGAAGGCCAUUGCACAACAAGAAGAAGAAAAUGAGUGUUGA